CUUCCCUUCUCUUCCCUACUCCUUCUUUCAUACCUGGAUAACUUACAUACCAACAUCACUCCCGAAACAUACUCAGCCUUAUCUGAACCAACUCUGUCAUGUCCAAAGAGCACUGCUUUUACUGCUUCGAUGCCCUUGUUGCUUACUUUGAAUUAAGGCCUGUUGCAGAGCCUACUUUUGAAAAUGAAGAAUAUCCAUUGUUUGUUACUUGGAACACGAGCAAGAAUGGAGACAUGACAGACUUGGUCUUGCGAGGAUGUAUUGGCAAUUUCUCAGCAAUGCCUUUGCAUUCUGGGCUGAAGGAGUAUGCCCUGACCAGUGCUUUCAAGGAUGGACGAUUCCCACCAAUAUUGAAGAAGGAAAUUCCAUCGUUGACAUGCCACGUCUCACUACUAGUGAACUUUGAAAAGGGCGAAAAUUAUCUCGAUUGGGAAGCUGGUACUCAUGGUAUCUGGAUCGAGUUCCGGGACACAAAUGGUCGCAAGAGGACGGCAACUUACUUGCCAGAGGUAGCCAAGGAGCAAAAAUGGACUAAAGAGAAGGCUAUUGAGUCUUUACUGCGUAAAGGAGGAUUCCGGGGGACCAUUACCAAGGAUGUCCUGGAUGGCAUCAUCCUUACCCGCUACCAAAGUCAAAAAGCUGGAAUGACUUAUGCGGAGUACUUGGCCUUUCGUUGAUCAAACAGGAUGAUGAUUCAGGAUGUUUCUCCUCCC